GAUACUUCCUCUAUACCUUCUUGUUCUUGAUUUGUCCACCAGUAACGCUUUCAUCGGCGGGCGAACAGCGCGCGCGAGCCUAGCCCGACCGAUGGACGCGGACGCGGACACGGACGCCGAGGCGCAAUCCGACGCGUCGUCGGGGUCCGGCGUGCCCGAGCCCCGGGACACGCGCGGGGCCAGCGUGAUGCCGCUCAAGGCGGCCUACCAAAAGGUGGAGUCGGACUUCAACAAACUGCAGAAGGCGCAAGUGGAGCGCGAGCUCAAGGUGAGCCGGAAGCUGGAGGAGCUCGCCAAGGGCAUGAGGAAGCAGAUGGAGGAGAAGACGACGGAAGCGCUGACGGACAUGACGGGCAAAGUUUCUGUAGUGACCUUGCUCAAUCACCCGGACACGGAGUCGUUGACCAGCGACAUUUCGCCCUUCGGCCUGGCGGCCGGGCAGAGGGCGCUGCUCUCCCUGAGCCAGAACGUGCAGCGCCUGCAGCACGCCACCGCGCUGCGCGACCGCAAGCUGCAGGCGUGGCUGGAGCGGGGCCUGCAGGGGGUGGAAGGGCGCGCGCGGGACGCCCUGCGCGAGGGCGCACGCGAGGUGGGCGAGCGGCUGGCGGCGCUGGAGGAGCGCCGCCGCCCCGAUCUGCCGCGCGAGCUGGCCGGGCUGGAGUGGAUGCUGGAGGAGCAGCAGCAGCCGCCGCCGCCCGAGGAGCAGGCGGCGCUGGAGGCGCGCUGGCGGGCGCGCGAGGCGGCGCUGGACGCCAGGUGGAGCGCCAUGGAGGCGGCGCUGGAGGAGAGGCGCGCCGCCAUGGAAGCGGCCUUCGAGCAGCGCUGCCGCGAC